AAUAGCCAUGUGUUUGAAUCUGCGUAUGAAGACAUUUUCGCGGUUUCACUGAUUUGUUUUUCAAAUAAGUAAAAUGUCGACUUGGAGUCAAUUACAACAACAGCUUCGACAUCCAAAUAAUCCAGUUGUUUUCUUUGAUAUUACAAUCGGAACUACGGAAGUAGGAAGAAUGAAGAUGGAAUUGUUUGCUGAUGUUGUACCAAAAACAGCUGAAAAUGUUCGACAAUUUUGUACUGGUGAAUAUAAAAAAGAUGGAGUUCCAAUUGGAUAUAAAAGUUCAAUUUUUCAUAGAGUUAUCAAGGAUUUUAUGAUCCAAGGUGGAGAUUUUGUUAAUGGUGAUGGCACUGGAGUUAUAAGUAUAUAUGGAGGUAGUACAUUUCCAGAUGAAAAUUUCAAAUUAAAACAUGAUGCACCUGGUCUGUUGUCAAUGGCAAACAGUGGUAAAGAUACAAAUGGAUGUCAAUUUUUUAUCACUUGUGCUAAAUGUGACUUUUUAGAUGGUAAACAUGUUGUCUUUGGUCGAAUACUUGAUGGAUUACUUGUCAUGAGGAAAAUAGAAAAUGUUCCAACCGGACCCAAUAACAAACCAAAAAUUCCUGUAAUUAUAUCGCAAUGCGGCGAAAUGUAAACGUUUUAAAUAAUUCCAGUUAUUAAUUUUUUCUAUAAAAAUAAUUAUUACGACAGAACAAAUAAAAAUAAUUGUUUUUUAAUAAAAAUAUAGACAUUAUUC